AUGCCUUUCCCGCAGAGCCAUCUCGACAUCUUCGAGCGGACAUCGCGGAUCUCAUCCGCCUUCUCGCUCGUCGGUGCCAGUUUCAUCAUCCUUACCUUCUGCACAAGCAAGAACUUUCACCGGCCGAUAAACCGACUCGCCUUCUACGCUUCCUUCGGAAACAUACUCACGAAUGCCGCCACUAUAUACUCGCGCGAGGGAAUCAGGCAGGGCAGGGAGUCCCGCAUGUGUCAAGCGCAGGCGGCGAUAAUUCAAUGGGCUAUACCGGCGGAUGCACUCUUUUGUCUGGCUAUGGCAUGGAAUGUAUACCUCACCGUGUUCCGCAAAAAGACCACGAAGCAAUUACGGGUGCUGGAGCCAAUAUACAUCAUCCUCUGCUACGGCAUCCCAUUAGUCCCCAGCCUCACUUUCCUCUUCAUCGGCUCGAAGAAAGGUCCGAUCUACGGUGAAGCCACUUUGUGGUGCUGGAUCGAUCGUGACUGGCAGGUUCUGAGAAUCGCCGCUUUUUACGGCCCAGUAUGGGUUGUACUGGCAGCAACGUUCAUAAUCUACGUUCUGGCCGGCCGCAUAAUCAUGCAACUACGCAAGAACCUCCGGCGCUUCGCCAAAGACCCCCACUCCUCGCUACGGGAAUCUGCCGUCCCCCGAGUCACCCCCGGACGGAUCGAGGUAACAACCGUGGACACGGUGGAGUCAGCCACCAUCCGAGCCAGCGAUCUAAUCCCCCGACAAAACACACCGCCGGGGACAUUCCCGGGCCUCACCAGGGAUAUCAUGCCACACAUCACGGGGUAUACGUGCCAUAUCGAAGCCAUACGCCCAGGCAGGAGCUGUACGCCGACCGCGCGACCGAGGUCCGGCAACAGCGCUGUCGAGGCAAACACCGCUGCGUGGGCGUAUUGUCGCUGCGCGAUGCUAUUCUUUCUCGCGCUGCUGAUAACCUGGCUGCCCUCGAGCAUCAACCGCCUCUACAACCUGAUGGAGCCGAACGCCUCCCAGUUUGGACUCAACUUUGCCGCCGCAAUGGUGCUCCCCGCACAAGGUUUCUGGAACGGAUUGAUAUACGUAGUCACCACCCUCCCCGCCUGCAAGAAGUGGUUCGCCGACAUCGGCGCCGCGAUCCGUGAUCCGGUCGGGUGCUGCUGCUGGGGCGGGGGGCGGCGUGGCAGCACCGACUUGGACGGGAGGAAGAGCGUCGCCUCCAUGGCUUCUUCUAAGCUUCCUAAGUAA